CCACGGCUGAAGGAAGACGCUAACGGCCACUUCUCACGUCUCAGCGCCCGCAGGAAGUCCGGACCAGCUCCGUUUUAUUCUCCAACAAAAUCCGCAUUUUCUUCCAUUUUCACCGAAAAAAACAAAGACUGCGGACACUUUGGACCGGCGACACACGACAGGGAUGGAGGAGUAUCAUAACGGCAGCGAGGGCUCCUUUAACUCUGAAGAAGCUGAAAACACCGUCAAAGAGUGUAUUGAGAAUGUGGUGGGCAGUGACGACUACAGCCAGGCUCAGGUGAACAAAUGGACGGCGAGCAUCGUGGAGCGCUGCCUCACACAGCUGGUCAAACAGGGGAAACCCUACAAAUACAUCGUGACGUGCGCUGUGAUGCAGAAAACAGGAGCGGGCCUCCACACAGCAAACUCCUGCUACUGGGACACCGCCAUGGACGGAAGCUGCACCGUCAGAUGGGAAAACCGCACCAUGUACUGUGUGGUCAGUGUGUUUGCUGUUGCCAUCGUAUAAAAAAAAACCACACACACACACGCGCACACACACACAAAUGACCACCAGUUGGAGCACCGGGCGCAUCUUGUCCCUGCGGACAGCAGGGGGCCACAGAGCGCCACAUGUGGAAACCUCUCUGCCUACAGACGCAUGAAAACAUCAUAAUUAUAAACAUCAUGAUUAUAAUGUAUUUAUCUUCUCAUGUCACUGCAGUGCUUUAAUCGUGUCACAGCUCGUUGUGUCACCAACCGAUGCCUCGCAGCAUGCAGCAGCUCUUAUUCUUCUUCUGUGGUUAUUAUGUGUGUCAUGUCAAAGAGAGAGAAAGAGAUAGAGAGGAUUUUUGUACUCAGAGCUAAAUGGAAAUAAACAUGAAGACAUUUAUGAGCAAAA